AUUCAUCUCUUUUAGAUUUAAUCAGCAUUAAGGUAUUGCUUGUCCUUAAGAGCUUUAGCUAAUGGGGUUACUGGAUGCUUUUCUCAGUGUAAUGUUUCCUUUAAAAAAAAUAUACAUAUAUAUUUACCUCUCACCAAAGAUGGGGGCGGGGAAGAGCUUGGAAUCUCCUCCCUCCCUCUCCUCUUUUUAAAAAGGAAUUCGGAGCGAUUAAAACGUUGCGGGGUGGCAGGGGGGUGCAGUUUAAAGACCUAGGGCAGGAAAUGCAGAUUCAUUUGGGUUAGGGCUGAAAUUGUAACAAAAAGCAAUUCCUCGAGUAAAUGCAUCAGAUAAAUCAAUUUACAUAAAGGUAUGAUGCAUUCGGAUAAAUGCAAUGCUAAUGGGUUUUAGAGUGGUCCUGUUUCCAAAGUCGCAGGGUUUUGUUACAGCUUAAUUGGUGCAGUUCUUAUUCUGGUUUAUUGUGCGGUCACCGGACACACGUUCCGGGACUCUUUCGGAGGAAAUGUGUUUAAAAUCGGCCUAUUUAAGGAACCCGAGUCCUUGUUUGGUUCCCUUCCCCUCGUUUUUUUGCAGCAGCCAAGUUGGGCCGGGGACAGACAAAGUUCGCCCUCUCCCUUUUGAGGUAUCAGCUGAAUGUCUUGAGCAGAUAGCCGGGAGCCUCGGGGGGAGCCCACACUCUCGGCUUACAGAGGACAAAGACAAAACAGGCUGCUUAAUUGGCAGUAAAUAACUUGAUCUUUUUAUAGAAUAAGUGACUGGAGGAACACUAGGACUUUAUUGGACUCAGGAUUGGAGGCAACAAAUUAAUCGGUUUAGGCUAAGCUUUAUAAAUUGAUUCCUAUAUUACACCCCAGUUGCUUCUCGUGACAUUCAUUAGAAAGAGUGGGGAAUUUUUAAAAGCAGUUUUUGGUGACAGCAGGACUGGCUGGGAUGUAACUUGUGCAUCCUUUAACAGUGCCUUCUCGCAUGUUAUCUGUAACAUACCCCCCCACCCCUCCGCCCUUUUGGAGGAACAAAGCUUUAGCAUUUAAAUUGCUGAUCAAGGGCAGAUUAGUGAGACCAAAGUGGAGAGUGUUUGUAUAGGAAGUUAACAGGCAUCCUAAAGUUCAAUGAUCUAUUAUUCUUGCCUGUGUCCUGAAAACCCAGAGAAAACACUCAUUGAUCUUCAAAAUGAAAUGAGAUUUGAAACAAUAAUGGGAGAUGGCGGUCACCACAAUGGCAUGUGAAAGACCAUGGUGAAUCCGGGCAGCAGCUCACAGCCGCCCCCGGUGACGGCCGGCUCCCUCUCCUGGAAGCGGUGCGCAGGCUGCGGGGGCAAGAUCGCGGACCGCUUUCUGCUCUAUGCCAUGGACAGCUACUGGCACAGCCGGUGCCUCAAGUGCUCCUGCUGCCAGGCGCAGCUGGGCGACAUCGGCACGUCCUGUUACACCAAGAGUGGCAUGAUCCUUUGCCGAAAUGACUACAUUAGGUUAUUUGGGAAUAGCGGUGCUUGCAGCGCCUGUGGACAGUCGAUCCCUGCGAGCGAGCUCGUCAUGAGGGCCCAAGGCAAUGUGUAUCAUCUGAAGUGUUUCACAUGCUCUACCUGCCGGAAUCGCCUGGUCCCGGGAGAUCGGUUUCACUACGUCAAUGGCAGUUUAUUUUGUGAACAUGAUAGACCCACAGCGCUCAUCAAUGGCCAUUUGAAUUCGCUUCAGAGCAAUCCACUGCUGCCGGACCAGAAGGUCUGCUAAAAGGUCAGAGUAAUGCAGAAUGCGUGCCUUCAUCUCAGAUUUUGUUCAUCACAGGUGGAUCCCAUGUGUCUUCAGUAGACAAGUCACCUUUGUAGCUAGCACCAGUGCCAGCUCCAUGCCAUUGCACCUUCUUUAGUCUUGAUCGCUCUUCCCGCAUUUAUUGGUGUAUUAAAAUGACUGAAUAUGAACAUUAAGGACUCCAUGAACCUGGGCUAAUGGGAGACUAUAGAGAAAAUGAAAAAAGAUCCACCGGAGGACAUCUUUGGGGGGGGGAGGGAGCUUGGGAGGAGGGAAAUGACUAAUGAAGCUAAUUAAAAGAAGCAUUCAAAUCUGCUUUCUACCCUCAUUAACAAUUAGCAGGGCACUGGCCAGAGUUUGUACCCUGUGUUUUACCUUAACAACAUUCUAUUUGCUCUUUGUAUAUUUAAGUGUUGUAAGGAAAUGUGUUUCAAUCAAAACUGAACAUGAGAUAAAGGAAAGAGAUGUGGCUUUUGUGAUAUUCUAUCACAAACACUUUUAUUGUAUCUCUGUAAAAUACAAUGUAUGUAUGCAUGUAAGUGUUUUUGUCCUAAUGUUGCUACGCCCAUGGCAAAGGAAAAAAAAAAGAAUGAAAAAAAAAUCGGGAAAAUAAAAAUCAGGCUCAUAGCAGCUACUGUGUAGAAAUUUCCCCCCCCC